CCUCUCUGCCGCAGCCUCUUCUGGUCCUCCAAUAUGGCCUCCUACACCUCCUCUGCCCAAACCGCCUCCUCAUACCGUCGCACCUUUGGGCAUGGUGCCUACGCCUCACCUUCCCUGAACCGCCCCCUGCUGGGCCACAGUGGAGGUGCUGGGGGUCAUCUCACCUCCAGGGUCUACGAGGUGACCCGCACCAGCUCCACACCCACCUACAGGGUCUCCUCAGGCUACUACGGCAGGCCUUUAGGGACCUCACGGGCCUCCGUCAGCCGCUCUUACGCCGGCCUGGGGGAGACCCUAGACUUCAGCCUGGCGGACGCCCUGAACCAGGAGUUUCUGACGACGCGCACCAACGAGAAGGCCGAGCUGCAGCACCUGAACGACCGCUUUGCCAGCUACAUCGAGAAGGUCCGCUUCCUGGAGCAGCAGAACCAGGCGCUGACGGUGGAGGUGGAGCGCCUGCGGGGCCACGAGCCCACGCGCGUCUCCGACCUGUACGAGGAGGAGAUGAGCGACCUGAAGAGGCAGGUGGAAAUCCUGACCAAUCAGAGGUCACGCCUCGAGGUGGAGCGGGACAACCUGGCUGAUGACCUGGACAAGCUCAAAAUCAGACUGCAGGAGGAGAUUCUUCAGAAAGAAGAAGCAGAGAACAACCUGGCUGCGUUCAGAGCAGACGUGGACGCUGCUACUCUGGCGCGCCUGGACCUGGAGAGACGGAUCGAGACUCUGCAGGAGGAGAUCGCCUUCUUGAAGAAGAUCCACGAAGAGGAGAUCCGGGAGCUGCAGAACCAGAUGCAGGAGACGCAGGUCCAGAUCCAGAUGGACAUGUCCAAGCCAGACUUGACGGCUGCGCUGCGAGACAUCAGGGCGCAGUACGAGGGCAUCGCCGCCAAGAACAUCGCUGAGGCCGAGGACUGGUACAAGUCAAAGGUGUCGGACCUGAACCAGGCGGUGAGUAAGAACAACGAGGCCCUGAAGCAGGCCCGGCAGGAGACCAUGGAGUUCAGACACCAAAUCCAGGCCUACACCUGCGAGAUCGACUCCCUCAAAGGCACUAAUGAGUCCCUGAUGAGGCAGAUGCGGGACCUGGAGGACCGCCACGGGCAGGAGGCCGCCUCCUUCCAGGACACCAUCGCACGACUGGAGGCGGAGAUCAUCAACCUGAAGGACGAGAUGGCGCGCCACCUCCGUGAGUACCAGGACCUGCUGAACGUCAAGAUGGCGCUGGAUGUGGAGAUCGCCACCUACAGGAAGCUGCUGGAAGGGGAGGAGAGCAGGAUCACCCUUCCUGUUCAGAGCUACGCCACGCUGAGUUUCAGAGAGACCAGUCCGGAACACCAGCAGCGUUCCUCCGAGAUGCACUCAAAGAAGACUGUCCUCAUCAAGACCAUCGAGACCAGAGAUGGAGAGGUCGUCAGCGAGUCGACGCAGCAUUAACAAGACAUCAAGUAAUGAUCUGCAGAGAUGAGAAGAAUCGACAAAAACUAAAUAAAACUGA